AUGCCUCCAAGAAAAGCUAAGAAGUCAGAAGCAAAGAAACUUGUCUCAGACUCCAGAUUCAAGUGUUUACCAGUAAAGAAACGCAUUUCUAUUCGAGAGUUUAUCAAGGCAAAUGAUCUCGAAUUUGCAACAGGGAAAGGGUUCUACCAACUGACCAAGCCAGAAACCAUUCAGGAUAAUAAAGAAAUUGUCGCGAGAAGAAAAUCUGAUGGAAAAAUUGUAACUGGCGAUGAGGUUUGUGAGAAAUUUUCCUUUACGUUGCUUACGGUUUAUAUAUCAUACAGUACAUGCAAAUUUUUCAAAAAUGUUAUCAUGGCGUCCCCCCAGCCCUUGAGCCCUUGUUUUAAUACAAUUAAUGAAAGUUAAUAUUUUUUAAGAACAAGACUCUCUAUAGAUUAUAGAAUGUUAAGCCACUGGAACUAUAUAAAUGGGCACAUUUACUUUCAGGGGCGUGCCAGGCGGGGUGUGUGGGUGUGUGUGGGGGGGGUGUUACACCCCCCAGUUUUCUCUUAGUUUGUCGGUAAAAUCGGAAAAUUGAAGGCUUGUCGGUAAACUAGUUAAUUCAUCGUCGGUAAAAUACUAAAAUGAGAAGUAACAAAAUAUUUAUUAAAACUGAAGCAAUUAUUCUGCAAUUUCAUCUGGUAUUUCAUUGGUAAAUCAAGAAUUCAAGAUUUCUGCUGGCGAUUAAAUGCUCGAUCAUGUCUAACAGAAUAAUGUUUAUUGAGAGAUACGUUAUUCGAUAGUGGUUUUACAUUGAUAUCCUGUGGUCGGUUAAAUUGCGUCAGCACGCGCUGCGCUAAUCCUGUAUUUGCGUAAUGUAUCUGCCAACAAUAAUAUAAUAUAAUAUAUAAUCCGAUAAUCGAUGCGCGAUUUAAUAGCAUUCACCGGCUCACCGCAUUGUGUAUUUGUGUAAAUUAUACAACAUCGCAUUUCAAAGUCGUUACGGUCGUCGGUUCUUUCGCGCAAUUGCUUUUAGCUGAAUGAACAAAAAUUAUAUGUAUAUAUUAAUUAUAUAUAAGCACUAAAAUAUAAAGCAUAGACAAAUAAUAAACUAAUUUGCACAUUUAGAAUCAGAAUAUAAUCGCCUUAACUCAACAUCUUUCAUGUGUAAAAGUACUACGUAAUUUAUGCUUGUCUAAUUCUUGUGUGACAAAUUUUGUAAAUUAAAAAUAAACUUGUACACAUAGCGCGUCACAUACUAUGAUGCAUACGCGUCGGCUGACUCGCAUACAGCACAUCUUAGUGAUCUUACUCAUUUCUGGCAUUUUGUUAAAGCGUUUUGAAAAAGCAAACUGUCACGAUACGAUUGUGUAAACAUCUAGUGAAUUUGCAUUAUUUGCGGGUGGGCCAAAUGGCCAAUGACAUGGCACACUGUGGUAAGCACUCCCUUCCAUAUCGGCGGUAUCGCCCACGAUUUGCAUACCGGUAGUAGAUGUAAAUUAUGUAAAGUCAUGGGAAAGGCCCUACUUAUCUAGAAUAUAUAUAAACGUAGACAAAUCAUCAUACUUUAUAUGAUCUUGGAACGCUACAAAAGUACGAAACGAAACGAUGCCUCCAAGAGAACGAAAAAAUCGAUUUAAAAUUAAAUGUUUAGAAUAUGUGGUGUUGAAAUGGAUUUUGAUUACAAGAAAAAGCAUAAUUCAAAAAAACACCAUGAUUUGCAGAAACAGCAUAAAGCUAUUCGCUACGAAGUAGUUGGGGCGCCCAAAAAUCUGUUUGACACAGCAGCUCGGAAAGUUGCCGUUGUUUUGACGAAACCGACUGCUGAAUUGAGUGCGGACACAGAGACUAAGAACAAAGAAAAUACGGACAGUGUGAGCUCAGAUGUGAGAACAUCAAGAGAAGAAGUACCAUCAUUCGUGCGUGAUGUGCGUGGCCCAGCAUUAGAAAUAUCCAUAGAAAAACGAGGUUGGAAUAAAAUCGAAAACAAACCAGAUCAAACAAUCCAAGAAGCAAAGAAGCACAAAAUAGAUAAGGAUUCAAUAAGUGAUGUUCUCGUCGAAACUAACACUCCGGACUUUCCAGAAGAUGACAUAAGCAGUGCUGCCAGUACAUCGUCUCAUUCAUCAUCGAACUUUCAGUUUAAUGACCCUAUUCAACCCAUGCUAUCGUUGGUAAGUCAUCUUCAAUGCACUUUCAUAAAUUUAUGUCUUUAACGUCUUGGACUUUGCAGAAUUUUGGAAGAAAUGUACAAUCAGUGACAAAACAGUUUGGACAAAAUACCAAAAGAGCGUACAUUUACAACACAAUCGACCCCCCGCACCUCCGUUCAAUGUUGUGUGUGGAAAUACCUGCGCAAAAUGUUUCUUGCCAGCCACCCAACAUUGUUUGGGGUGGGGGAGGGAGGGAUAAUCGUUUUAUGCUGAACAGAAUUUGGAAAGGCGCAGAUAUGUCUAUAUUAUAUCACUGUCCAAAAACCUUUUGUCACUGAUUGUAGGCAUAGUGUAAAUCCUUGUAAUUUUAUUAGGAUGAUGGACCUGAACAGUCAACAAUAGAAGACCAUGAAUUAGCGGGCAUGUUGGGAGAAAUUCUUGAUGUGCUAAAAGAGGCCCAAGAUUUGCACGAAUCGUUCGCGUCUGAAGAUUAUAGCCAAGAUGUAUUUAUUUCAACUAUCGAGAAGUUUGCGUCAGAUUUGAAAGAAAAAUGUCACUUGUUAUUGUCAUCGUCAAAAGAAACUUUAACUUGUGAAGAAAACGUUCUGAAGCAAACGUCGGAAAAGUCAGUUGAAGAGGAGUCUUCUAUCGUGACAAACGAACGAGCAGAACGUAUUGGG